AGAUUACUCGAUCCCACUGGUUGCAUAGCAUCAUCAUAGCUUUGGAGAAGUGAGACAAGCCAUGUGUUUUCACAGAGCAGGCUCUAGCAGCUGAAACAAAGCUCUUAUUAUCUAUGCUGGACUAGGCAAAAGUAGGAAUAUUCUCAGGGCUCAGAACCAAAGAUGGAUACUGGCAAGUGUUCCUUGGUAAUGGUGAAAAUCACUAGCAGUGCUGUCUGCAAGAGGUGCUAACAAACAUUUGCUGGGAUCCAGGUCGUACCUGAGGCAGUCUAGCACAGGAUCUGUAUAGACAAAACUGUACUGCACCCGAGUGUGCUGGCAACCUCACCCUGCCUGUGUCUGGAGUGAAAAAGGGGAUUAUAAGAGGAAAUUAAAAGGUAGGUCACAAUACCAGAAAAUGGUAGAAUCACAGAAGAUAGUAAAUCAGUUAAGAUUUGUAAGCCAGCCGCUGAGAUUCAGAUUGCACCUCUGAAAUGUCGGCAGCCCGCCAGGGUGGCUUCUGGACAAAGUUGUAGCAUGGACAGAGUUAUGACAGCAUGAGGCGAUUAUCACACGCAUCAAGGAGCUGAUGAUCAGCUGUUUCAUCCCCAAAUAUUAUGGUAUGAAUGAAAAUUAAACACUCAAGGCGCUGCACAGUGUGUUCUCUGUAAUUUGGGGCGUGAUAUGUCACUCCUGUGAAAGCUCUAUUGCUUCUGUAAAAGCUCUGCCAGUAAUUUUCUCAUAAUUGUCACGAUUUUCAACAGCACAAAGGUUUUCUAAAGUGGGAAGGACAUGUUUUAUGAAAGGGCUUACUCACAAGAAGUUUGAGCAGUUUAUUGUGGGAAGAGAAAUGAUUCAAGUAGAAUAUUUAGAGAAUUUGUCUACGGCCCCAGAAAGCUUCAGCACAUGCUGUGAAAUUUCCUGUGCUACCAUGUUGCUGUAUGCAACAAGAAUGGGACUGAAAUACAUACCCAGCUGAUGUUUCAUUUCAGGUGGCUCGAGGCAUUAAGCUAUAGUGGCUGAGCAAGAACAUGAGCUUAUCAGCUUCUCAGAAAUACAGAAAAAAUAGCAAGACAGAAAAUACCAACUGAGGUCUCUAUUACAAGGGCAAGACUAGAAACAGCAUGAAGACAAACGAGACAGAGAUUUACAGAUUUCAAGCAUGUGUUUAUUUUGCAUCUGUCUUUCAAGCUAUGUCAUGUGGCAUCCAUUACUUAGCAUCUGUGUUUAUGGCUGUUACUCCUAACUUCGUCUGUGGGAUCCCUGGGAACGUGAGUAGUGUUCUCUUCUACAACUCCUCUGAAGCAAGUCUAGAGGACAUCUGGACAGUAUGGACAGCAACAGAGAAUUACAUUGUAGUCCAGCUGGAAAAUGGAGAAAUCUGGGAGCUUAAUCAAUGCAGCAAGGCCAAACGAGAAGUCAGUUUGGAUCUAGCAUAUGAAUAUAAAGGCAACAAGUCCGUGUUUUCUUGUUCUGAUGGAUUUCUUUAUGAUGAUACAAAAUGGAAGAGCACUGUUGUUACGCAGUGGGAUCUGGUCUGUGACCGAGAAUGGCUUGCAAAAUUAAUCCAGCCUACAUUCAUGCUCGGAGUCUUGAUUGGAGCAGUGAUUUUUGGUGAUAUUGCUGACAGGCUGGGAAGACAGCGUGUCAUAUGGUUCACAAGUGCUGGUCAGUUUGUAUUUGGCGUCGCAGUGGCGUUCACGUCUGACUACUACAGUUUUGUGAUUGUGCGCUUUCUCCUUGCCAUGGUUUCGAGUGGCUAUCUGGUUGUGGCUUUUGUUUAUGUGACUGAAUUUGUUGGCAUUAAGGCACGAACCUGGGCUUCUAUGCAUGUCCAUGCUUUUUUUGCUAUAGGAAUUAUGGUUGUGGCACUCGUGGGAUUUUUGGUUCGGACCUGGUGGGUCUAUCAGAUAUUUCUCUCCAUAGCAACUCUUCCCUUUGUUUUGUGCUGCUGGAUGCUCCCAGAAACACCUUUUUGGCUCCUGUCAGAGGGAAGAUACGAAGAUGCACAAAAAGUAAUCAAUACAAUGGCAAGAUGGAACAAAGUAAGCACUCCCUGCAAAGUGGCUGAACUGUACUCAGUCCAACACGAUGGUCCAGUCAGUGGCAGCACAGGUGACAAUGACGCGCCCUCAGCCAAGAAGCACAACAUCUUAGAUCUAUUUUGUAACUGGUACAUUGCAAGAAGGACCAUCACAGUCUGGCUGGUCUGGUUCACUGGGAGCCUGGGGUACUACGUCUUCUCCCUGAGUUCUGUCAAUCUAGGAGGCAAUGAAUAUUUAAAUCUGUUUCUCAUAGGUGCUGUGGAGUUGCCUUGCUAUAUCAUUGCUUGCAUUGGGAUGGACAAACUGGGAAGGAGAAACACACUCAUUCCGUUCCUUAUUUUAAGUGCACUGAUCUGUGUUUUAAUUAUGUUCAUACCUCAGGAUUUUAAUGUACUAAUUAUCUUGGCAAAUAUGGCUGGAAAAUUUUCAAUAGGUGUGGCAUUUGGCCUUAUAUACCUCUACACAGCAGAACUGUACCCAACAAUUGUAAGAUCACUUGCUGUUGGAAGCGGGAGCAUGAUGUGCCGUGUAGGCAGUGUGGUUGCUCCUUUCUGUGUGUAUUUGAGAAGUGUUUGGAUUUUCAUGCCACUUUUACUCGUUGGAAUCAUGGCUCUGCUGAGUGGAAUAUUAACAAUAAUGCUACCAGAAACUCUUGGAAAACCGUUGACUAAUACUUUGGAGGAAGCUACAGAAAUAGGAAGAAACGAGAAAAGCUGUUCAGAAAAGACUCCUCCAGCACAGAGUGGUGCAGCAUUGGAAAAGAUAGAGAUGUGUGGUCCAGAAACAGUUAGCCCUGAGAAAUAAAGCAAGAACAAAAUAGCUGUUCCCAAUUUUAACAGUUAAAUAACUUAUAAGAUCAUUUUAUUCAAGAAAUGUGACUGUUCUAUACUACCUGUGCCUUUUAAUUUGUAACCAGUCUUGCUUUUUCAGUAGAGCAAAUAUAUGAAUCCUUUUCUACGUGACUGAGGUGCUGCAGAAAAUUUGAUGAGAUUUCUAGAUCACUUCUCAAACUUGCCUAGGCCUUAGGAAACCUAUCUGACUUGCUGUGACCCGUUGGAAUUAUUACUCUAAAUUUUGGAACCCACCUGAUUGUCUGUAUGUAAAAACAGGCCAAUUCCUUGCUUCACAUUUUCUGCAGUUACACUUGUAAACCCACCACAACGCGCCUUGUCCACUCUUGUCCUUUUGCAGUUGACAGCUACAGACUUGAGACUUCAAAACACGGUGAACUCAAACACACAGUUAUAAUUCUAGAGAGAAGCCUUAGCAUUGCAUCAAGUCAUACCAAUAAUUUCAAAGUUAAACUAAUUUCUUUUUUUUUUCUUUUUUUCUUUUUUUUUUCAAAUUUGCUACUAGAAAAACUGCCAUUUCUAACAAAGAGAAGUAUUCUGUGGAACAGCUUCUGACUGAAAAAUUAAGUUUGCAAAAUGUGCAAAUAGUUUGUAUACUGUUCAUUCUGUUGAAUGGCAAAUGUAUUUUUAUUAGGCUUAGAAAAAAAAUAUUCACUGGGUUUAUUGCCGGUAAAACUAAAAUGCCUGAUGUCUUUGAAAGUCUUACUCAUUCCAGGUGGUUAUUUCAGUGCACCCCUUCUCGCUUAGUUCAGCUCAGGUCUAGCAUCAGAUUCUUUCUGGGGUUUAAGAACAACACCAGCAACUUUGCCACAUGCCUCUUCUUAGUCCUCAGUGGAACAGAGCAAGUGGCACAUGAGCCUUAUUCAGGCUCUCUGCACAGAGGUGGACUUAAUUAUUGAUGACAGUUUAGUAGACGUGGUAUCUGCACACCAUUUGUGUCAGACUCCAUAGACUUAUAUUGAGUCUGUAUUGAGUCUUGUAUUGAGUCUGUAGCUCCAUUUUAACUUACACUACACCAAAUCAGUCGUAAAAAUACAAAUUAAAAAAUGAUAGCUUGAGGACACUGAGUUACCAGUUACUCUGGCAGUUUUUGUCCAAGUGUCUGUAGCUGUCCCACUGUGGUUACACCUCAUGUGUGUGUCAACACUCACUUGCAGGUGCAGCGACCAUGCCUUGUGACUGUGGACCACAAAAAAAUAGUAGAAAAAACUGAUAGGAAAGCAUCAUUCUGGCUGCUAGUUUUAUGGAUUUCUGUCCCAGCUUUCUUUUUUUUUCGGUCUACCUCCAGACCUAAGAGUUUAUUCUUUGCUUUUGAGUCUGUAGCCUCUUGGCCACCCUUGUUUGAGGGGUUUGGCAUGGGAAGCUUCUGCAUGUUGGGGUUCAGACAGCCUGGGUUGUGUGAGCCCUGCCAUCCCUGGUUUGAAAACAGAAUUCUUCUCAUCUUAGGCACCUACUCACAUGCUAGCUGACACGAUCUCAUCAAAACACGUCUUGCCCUGUUUACUUCUUUGACAUGUACCCUAAAUUCAGACAUCUAAAUUACUGUAGAUAAAUAUUCCAUGUGCUGUAUUGUUCAUGUUUUUCUGUUAUAUCUGCAGAGGCAUAUUAGUUUUAGUGACUUCUGAAACCAAAAUAAUGAUUUAUAUCCCCUUGUAAAAUAUUUUUUUCUUCACUGCACUGUCCUGGAGUGGAAGUAGCAUUUUUGGUACUGGACUUAGGAUUUGAUCCUAUACUAUGUGAGGACUAACAUGCUUUGAAGCCCAGCAAAAGUCAGGCAGUUUAAAUUUAGGGUGUUUCUGGGUGAUAAGUAAAGCAGAAGGGGUGUUUACUCUCCCUUCAGUUAUGUGAGUGUCCCAGUAUCUGCAGAGAAAACUUCAGAAGAGAACUGCAUAGAAUAAAUACUAUGGCUUCUGUCCAGAUAUAUUUUGCUCAGCAAAAGUAUGUGCUUAACCUUACCCAUGUGAGUAAUCCCGUCAUUAUUCGGAGGAGCACUUGAAAACACCCUUUGAUGGCUCCAGAUAGGAUUACUCACACGCUGUGGCUUUCUGUUUUGCCGAGGAGCAGACCCAGUACUCUUCCACUGCUUCCAGAUCCCCCCGCCCUGCUUCCCAGAGCAGAACAAACGUCCUUAUCUGCAGGAUCUGUUGCCAAACCCUGCCUCAAACAAGGGCUUAACCACACCAAAGAAUGUCAUGCAAUAUCCCUAGCAGGGAAUGAAACUGAUACUGUCUGGCAUUACAACCGCUGUCCCGUCAGAGCUCCAAGCAAUUGCAUUAUUUUGGGGUUCUUUCACAUGAUCCUUUUUUUUUUCAUACAUGAUCCUAUCUUAAACUCCUCAGUCCGGAGUACUGGGGGCAGUACAGUGUGUUUGAACAAGGAACAAGUAAUCUGUCUGCUUUGUUAGCUGCAGAAUAACUCAUCUGGGGGUCACACUAAGUACAGUUACAUGUUCUUGUGACCUGAGGGGUUCAGGACCAGGUCAUCUGUCAUUGGUACACAUAAGGUAGAGAAAAUAAGAAAAAUAGUAAAGUCUUAAAUGUGUGAUGACACCGAGUAAUCCUUACAGGCUAUGAUUUUAAUUAUGACUCUCAAACACAGUGCAGCUUGAUAGUUUUUAACCCUUAAGGCCAGUUCAUCCUGUCACUGAAGUUAGUUGGUAUUCGAUCUUUGAUUAAGUGAGACCCAAAUUUCCCUAACCCAAUGAUCCCAUAUAUAUAUAUCUUACAUAUUUCCCCUGGAAAUAAAAUGUUAAUCGUUCUCCUGGUACACUUUUUGUUACUUUAUGCAUGACCAGCUCUGAGGAUGCUCUGGGGUAUCCUUUUCUUUCAGUUGAGGAAGCACAUUACAGUAAGAAAGGAAAUAGCAUUUAUGUAUAUGUACCGGUAGAAUUUCUGUUUACUUGCUUGCAUUUUCCACGUGGAGAAGAAUGUUUAACACUGGUCAUACAUUAUAAAUGUAGCAUAGGCAGAGCGAGUUGAUUUACUUCUCUUAAAUAUUCACAGAUGAUCUAAAUCCUCUCAAAGGAGAGCACUGGGUUUGAGAACAAAUGCUUCUAAGUUCCUUGGGGGCAUAUUUUCUUCUCAUGGCUCAUGAAAAGAAUUCAUUUUCAUCUUUUUUUUUUUUUUUUAUCUGAGUCCUUCAGUUCUUUUAUGUUUGUAUUUGUCAUCUCUGUCUGAGUGCAAAUUUAUUGUGCUGGUCAAUGGCUCUGGAGAUAUGUAAUGGUUUUAUGAGAUAUUGGAUUAGAAUUCUUAUCUGUCUUAAUUGCUGGUCAUUAUUGGAACAAUAAUAAUUUGUUUUAUCCUAAAAUUGAUAUAAUAUUUUAUUAAACAGUCUUGCAAUUUUUUAGGGACAUACUUUCUGAGUUAAAAAUAGGAAUAAGAGCAAUUAUCAUGAAUUUAAUGAUAUCUAAAGGAAAGGAUUAAGGAAAUGUAUUUGCUAUUUUGAAUCUGUAUUUUAAAACUAUGUGAAAAGAUUCGUUUUCUACUUCACUAGCUGACGUGAUUUUCAAUUUAAGAAAAUUUUAACCAUGUAGAAAAAAAAAAAAAGCUCUGCAAACUAUGUGCACUCUGUGUUGAGCACUUCGGGAGUGUCUGACCAAGGGAGCAAACCCUGCCUGGGGGCUGAGGGGUUUUGGGUAACAGCUCUGUGGAAACUGAGGAUGGUCUGGCACCCCCGCUCUGUGCAAAAAGGGGUAGAGGUCUCACUGGCAUCCUCCUGCAUCUCUCUCGGUUUAUUUUUACCAACUCCUUACGUGCAGUCACUCAGGAAGCCUCCAGAGCGGGGGGCUGAGCAACACGCAAGGCCUUUGCGUGUGCCUUUCACUAGGGCUUAUGAAAUGCAAGGUCGCAUGUACUGUGGAGGCACGAUGCCAGAAUGGCAUUUGGGGCUGCUAAAAGGAGAGUCUGGAUUCAUCCUAUGCACUUGCACAAACGUAUCUUAAAGAUGCUUGCCUGAAUCCCACAAGAGAUUCAUAGAAAAUAAAGUAAAUUCAAAGAUUAAGAAGAAAAUAGUGAGUGUAGACAAAAGAACAAGUUUUUGCCAUCAAGGGAAAUGCAAUCAAGCUGUAUUACAUUACUUCAUCCCUUGUGAAGAAGAAUUAGAGCACAUAAAAAAUGGUAACCUGCCCAUUUUGUACCAGGCUGUGUACCAGAUGAAGUGUGCCUUUUGGAAACACGGGAGAAGCAGGUAUUCUUGGGGAAGAGUUUAUUUGCCCAGACUAUGUGGGUUUAAUGCAAUAUACGUGACUAAUGAGUUUUUAAAUGUGUAUUUAUUAUCUGCAGCCACAUGCAAUAAUAAAGACAAGCACAUUAUUUAAUCGUUA